AUUAUUUGUCCUUCCUUAGGGCUACUACACUUUUUCACCAUUUUAAGACAACUCAUCUUUGAAGAUGUUAAGAAUGGGUAGAAUAAAGAAUGGGUGGCCUAAUAUAGGCCUAAAGUGACUCUUAAGGAUAGAUGCUUUGUUGUAUUAAAAAACUCUAACUCUCUGAACAUGAAUUAGUGAUUUCCAUCAGUGGCCCCCUCCACAAAGCCAAAAGGAUUGGUUUACCCAUUCUCUGACUCUGACUUACAGAACACAUCUGUUUGCCUCCUUCAGCAGUGCUUGGCAUCAGAAUGGCGUUUAUCAAAACAGUCAUAUAGCCUAAUGAAAUCUUGCCAUUCCACCUGCCUGGGCAAAUAGUUGCUGUUGUCUCUCUGUCAGCUGCAGUUUAGCUCAAUUUUACAACUUUUGAGCCAUUUCCUGCUGUUUGUUCUCUUCUUUAGGUUAAUACUUGUAACAGUGAUGACCCAGGAUGCCGCAUUUAUGGACAGAAGUAGGCCUAUCGUAGGUUUUUUCAGGAAUUGGUCCUCUGGCCUACACAAUGCGAAUGACCCUGGAGGAAAAUAACUUGGAAAUACCAAGCCCUAUAUCUUAGGCUAUACCUUAUUCUCGUUUGGAAAGAACUGGACUAUGGCACCAUGGCGGAAGCCGAAAAACAAAUGUUGGUAUCAGAGGUGAACCUGUUGCGGGAGCUGAAGCACCCCAAUAUUGUUCGCUACUACGACCGCAUCAUAGACCGCAGCAACACUACGCUGUACAUUGUAAUGGAAUACUGCGAGGGUGGAGAUCUCUCCAGUCUAAUCACCAAGUGCAUCAAGGAGAGACGGUACCUAGAGGAGGAGUUAAUCUUGCGGGUGUUGGCACAGCUGGUCUUGGCUCUGAAAGAGUGCCAUCGACGGACUGAUGGGGGCUGCACCGUACUGCACCGCGACCUUAAACCAGCCAACAUUUUCCUUGAUGCCAAGCAGAAUGUCAAACUCGGAGACUUUGGUCUGGCACGGAUCCUCAACCACGACACCAGCUUUGCCAAGACAUUUGUGGGCACACCUUAUUACAUGUCGCCGGAACAAAUGAACCGGAUGUCAUACAAUGAAAAAUCCGAUAUCUGGUCUCUAGGCUGCCUGGUGUAUGAGCUUUGUGCCCUUUCUCCCCCUUUUACUGCAUACAACCAGAAGGACCUGGCCGAGAAGAUCCGGGAGGGCAAAUUCAGACGGAUCCCAUACAGAUACUCAGAGGAGCUCAACACAUUUCUGUCAAAGAUGCUCAAUUUGAAGGACUACCUGAGGCCCUCAGUGGAAUCCAUCCUGCAAAGCAGCUUGAUUUCUGAGAUGGUAGCUGAGGAGCAGAGGAGGGCCCAAGCUCGGAACCGGAGGCGGUCCACAGUGGGCCAGGGCAACGCUGACCAACCCAAGACUCCGGCGGCCCACGAGCAGCGCGGCACUGCUGGAACAGGAGGCGCUGCAGGGGCGGCCAUUGCCACUGCCUCCUCAGAGCUGCGUCUGAGGGCUGAGGUGCUCCGCGAGCGCGAGGUGGCCAUCAAGCAACGUGAGGAGAGACUGGAGAAAAGGGAACAAGAGCUCUGCACUCGUGAGCGGCUUUGUAACGAGAAGAUAGCCAGGGCAGAGAACCUACUGAGGACCUAUAACCUUAGUAAACAGCAGAGGGCGCACUCUCCUUUCUCCAGGUCUCCAGACGGAGAGGAAGAGAAUAUCUCUCCAGGAAAAAAGAAGGUUCACUUUGCUGGAGACAGCAAGGAGAACCAGCUUCCCACAAAAGGGAGGGAGAAACCUCAGGAUGUGGCGCUUCGGAAGAGGCUGCAGGCAGCCAACAUGCGGGCCGAGGCCUUGGGUGAGGUGGAGAGGACCCUCCAGCUCAAGAGCCGGCAGAUCCUGGGCAUCCGCUAGGACACAACUGUCCUCCCGAAACCCAAAGACGACUAUCAAAUGCUAGCUCGGAAUGGCUUUCAGUCCUUAAUGGAUGGGCAGGGUGUGGUCAGAGUCUGUUUGGAAUGCCUGUGAGAAGAUCACCAUUAACACAUCCAGUUGUCUUGAUCAUAUCGAUUCUUUCCCAUUCAGCCCCAACAGCCUCAAGCAACUAACACUGAGAAGAUGAUCUUGCUGUUAUAAAGCAGAGAGGUUGUAGUGUGUCUCAGAAUUAUGGGGCAAGUAUUUGGAAUGUCUUAUCCUGAAAAGACUGUAAAUAGCUCUAAAUUAUUUGUGCCAUAAUACAUAUUGUAGGUUAAACAACUAUGUUUAUAAGAUAUAUUUUGCUGUAGCUAUUAUUUAAGUUCAGUGUGUUGGUAAAUGUAACAUUUUACAUUGUUCUGUUAAGCUAUUUGUAUGCUCAUUGACUGAGAAGAGUUUGAAAAGUGUGUGUGUAUCUGCUAAGGGCAUUUUUAAGACGCACAUAUGUUUGAUUAAUGAGUGCUUUAAUGGGUGCCAAUCCAAACUACUGAGAGGCCUGACGUUCUGUUUAAAACUGGAACGUGGAAAUGGAACACUUGAUUGCAUUUGAAAAAGGAAGUCUUCAGACAUUCUUGGUCUAGGUCUAGGCCUGUGUGGCAUUAUUAUAAUUAUUGAAGCUUCUGUGUUCCCUUUUCUUUUGAAACCACAUGUGACGUGUUCUUGUGUUGUCCUUGACUUUCAGUUCAGUUAUUCAGAACAUUUCCAUCAUGUGACAAAAUCAUUUUGGUAUCCUCCUUUUUUUUCUCGUUGGUCCAUCUACACACGGCCCACUUGAAUUCAUGCUGGUGUUGAUGAUUCAUAAGGGGAUGAUUCGUAAGGAGAUGAGAGGAGGUUUUUCACAUGAGCAAACUUGGAUUUGGGUUAACAUGAAUGGGUUUUGAGGUUUUCCUUCAUACCUUCAAAUAAAAGGCAGCUGUUAACCAAA